UCUUUAAAUCAUUCAAUAGUCUCAACAUGCCUCGUGCUCCAAGAACUUAUUCCAAGACUUACUCUGUCCCAAAGAGACCUUAUGAAUCAGCUAGAUUAGAUGCUGAAUUAAAAUUAGCUGGUGAAUAUGGUUUAAAAAACAAGAGAGAACUUUAUAGAAUUGGUUUCCAAUUAUCUAAAAUUAGAAGAGCUGCUCGUGAUUUAUUAACUAGAGAUGAAAAAGAUCCAAAAAGAUUAUUUGAAGGUAAUGCUUUAAUUAGAAGAUUAGUUAGAGUUGGUGUUUUAUCAGAAGAUAAAAUGAAAUUAGAUUAUGUUUUAGCUUUAAGAAUUGAAGAUUUCUUAGAAAGAAGAUUACAAACUCAAGUUUUCAAAUUAGGUUUAGCUAGAUCUAUUCAUCAUGCUAGAGUUUUAAUUUCUCAAAGACAUAUUGCUGUUGGUAAACAAGUUGUUAACAUUCCAUCAUUCACUGUUAGAUUAGAUUCUCAAAAACAUAUUGAUUUUGCUCAUAACUCUCCAUACGGUGGAGGUAGAGCCGGUAGAGUUAAGAGAAAGAACCAAGGUAAAGGUUCUGAAGAAGGUGCUGAAGAAGAAGAAUAAGCUAUUUAGCUCAAUUUAAAUUAAUUUAUCUUGUUUAUAGCAUAUUUCAUUUAACCCUUUUUCUAUUUAAAAAAACUUAAUAUAUUGGUUUUUGUUUAUUUCCAUUCCAAUUAAUCUAUUUCUUUAUGUAAAUUAGUAAAAUAUAUACCAUCAUUGUGUGUUUAAUAAUUUGAUUGAAGUAGUUAUAUCAUAAUUCUCCAUAUUAUAAAUUUUGCAAUCAUUUGAUAUUAGAGAGAGACUGACAAUUCAAAAAAAUGACGAUAAUAUCCCAUCACGUGCCAAAUAGUCCCAUUAGGGCUCCACGCCUAGAUGCCGUUCUAUCUGCAGGAACCAUAGUUAAUAAUUGUUCGCACUUUUUCAGAUUGUCAUAGUUAAAAAUAGCUGAGAACAAAUUAACUAUGAGGAGAGAACAGUUUACAGCGUACAGAGCCAAACAGCACUAGGAAAAAAAACGAUAU